UAUCUAUAAAUUUUUAGUAUAAAAUACAAUUGAUGAUUCAACUUAGCUAUCAUAUCAUUAGUGAGUUUCAAAUAGUGAACAUUCAAUAACAAGUGCAAAAAUAUUUUUCAAUUUGUGUCUCUUUACUUCUAAACCAAAAUGAAAUUCUUAAUAAUUUUAUCAGUAUGCGCUGCCGUUGCAAUGGCUCAAAAAUCCCCGUAUUCAUUUAGUUCGGGUACUCAAAUUCAAUUAGCAUCACGAUUUCAAACAGAAGAAGAUCGUCUAGCUGCACAAAAUGGUAUAGAUUUAGGUAAUCGUUUUGGUGAAUCAUCUUCUACAGCAGUACCACUUCCCGUUGAUGCAAAUGGUGAUUAUGCUUUAAUUAAAGAAAUUGAAACGUGGCCACGUGAAAAACAACCAUUCUGGUAUUUAAACUGGAAACAAAUUGAAGCUGCACGUGGUCGCCCACCUACUUCAACGCAAACACCUACUCAAGCAUCAUCAACUCAACAACCAAUUGUACAACAACAACCUCAACAAUCAACUCAACAACCAGCUGCUCAACAAUCAGUCGUACAACAACAACCUCAAUCAACAACUGUUGGUACAGCAAGAAGGUCGGCAUCAAGUAAUCGUCGUUUCGUGCGUUUUUAAGUGACGAUCUUUUAAAAAUUGAGUUGAUUUCACUUAUAACCUACUAUGGUUUAUUUUGAAAUUUUUUAUUUGUGAUAUUUACAUUUUUAUUUAC